CCUUAUUUUAGCCUGGACCCUGGGCAGAGGGGAUCUCUUUGCAGCCCUGGUAUGAAAACAUUUUAAAGAGAUCUUGGCAUAAUGUGUACUGUGUGAUCAACAACCAGGAAAUGGGAUUUUAUAAGGAUUCCAAAAAUGCUGCAUCUGGUAUUGCGUAUCACAACGAGACUCCAGCGAAUCUGAAGGAAGCAGUCUGUGAAGUCGCAACUGAUUACAAAAAGAAGAAACAUGUAUUCAAAUUAAAGCUUAACGAUGGCAAUAAGUACCUCUUCCAAGCCAAAGAUGAUGAGGAAAUGAACACAUGGAUUCAGGCUAUUGAAAACACAAUUACAUUGUAUAAAACUGAGGUGUCAUUGAGCACCCAGAGUACUUGAGCAUCCAGCCGUGCCCAGACCCUACCGGCCAGUGUAAUGGUAACCGAAAGCCCUGGCAAAUGGGAAAAGGCAGAAAGAAGUGAACUAUAUCCCACCCCACCCUGCACUUCUGUUACAUUUUUACAAAGUUUCACUCGUUUACAUUUCAUUCUUUUUUCUUCUUUUUGUUUCUUUGUCUUUGGAUUGAAAUUCCUGAUUUUGUGCUUACUCUGACCGUACUUGAUGUUUGCCCUAUGUACACCAAGGACAUUGUAACAAAUACAUUACAUUUGCUGAUUCACAAGUUGCAAAAUC